AUGGCAGCUUUCCUGCGAGGCAAGCAGACGGGCAUGCAGAAUGACCUAUCAGCGAGCAUCAGACCUGAACUCUUCAUGCCCGACGAUCAGGCUCGCUAUGGCAUCAACUCUCAGAUCAGCUGCUACGCAUACGAUCCAGUCCAAUCCCUCCUGGCCAUCGGAACCGGUGAAAGCAAGUUUGGCCCUGGCAAGGUCUACAUCUUCGGACAGCGCCGCGUCCACAAGAUAAUCGAGCCCCCGCGAAGUACAUCAUUUCAGAUCAUUCAAUUCUCGGCCAACCGUCUCGUUACCGUCGAUGUGAAGAACGAGCUGGGAAUAUGGGACUUGGACACGGGCGAGCGCAUCGCCGCCUUGGUGGUUGCUGGCCAGGUUGUUUCUUUGGUGACAGACCCUAUGCUUGACUGGGCCUUUAUUGGAUUGUACAAUGGCGACAUCAUGGCCUUUGACCUGGACAGAGGAAGUCUGGCCCGUUCUUUCAGAUUGCCCAAUUUCUGGAAGGAAAAGAACCCAAGUGCAGUCACCCCGAAUCUUAUAACCAUGUCCCUACAUCCCAGAGACGUCGGAAAACUUCUUCUAGGAUACACACAUGGUGCGGUUGUGUACUCCUUCAAACAGGCCAAGCCCGUCAACUACUACGAAUACGUGGUUCCAGCAGGCGCCCCAGGAGGUAAUGGCGUGGCCACCGACACGGCUCGAAAGCCCCGACUCACGCACGCCCUAUGGCAUCCAUCCGGCACAUUUGUUUUGACAGCGCACGAUGACGGAAGCUUGGUUUUCUGGGAUCCUAAGGCCGAGAAGGUCGUCAUGGCGAGAACACUCACUGACUUCAAUGUCGAUCAACCCUCAUCCGCGACACCUGUACCCGCCUUGCCUGAGCCCAUUACCAGGAUCGCCUGGUGUUGCAAGGAGAAUUGCGACGAUAGUGGCCUACUAAUUGCGGGCGGACAACGUAUCGAUGAAUCGCCCAAGGGUUUGACAUUUAUUGACCUAGGCCAGACACCGGUUUAUGCGACCUCGACAUGGCAAAUACUGGCAAACUACUGCCGCGGGAAGCGACAGGUUCCCCUUCCCCUACCUUCUGGUGCACGGGCGAUUGACUUCCUGCUCGUUCCACGAAGUUCUCCACACUUUGCGGGUGCGCAAGACCCGAUCGCUGUCAUGGUCCUGCUUUCUUCCGGAGAACUUAUCACUCUGAGUUUCCCCUCUGGAUAUCCCAUCAGUCCCACCAACCAGCUUCAUCCUUCCGUGUCUUUUGUUCACCCGUUCGUGACAAAGGUUAAUGUUUCUCCCCUGGAACGACCCCGAUGGCUGUCUAUGUUUGAGAAGCGCACUCAGGGCGAACCGCUGCUCAAAGGAGGAGCCGAAGCAUCACGACCUCGAAAACGAUUUGAAGAGCGAACCAUCAUUCAAGCAGCCCACGCCGAUAGCACCAUAAGGAUCUGGGACUCUGGUCAUGCUGACGAGAUUGAGAAUGGAACUCAACUCCAAGUCGACGUCGCGCGAGCCCUGGACCGUUACGAUGAUGUUGAGAUUACCUGCAUGAAUAUGGCGACCAGCACAGGAGAGUUUGUCGUAGGAACAAGGACAGGCGAGGCCAUUAUUUACCGUUGGGGUCAGAACCGCUUCUUCGGCAAAGACAAGGCACCCCUGCUUGACCCAAACCCCAAAGGACUUACAGAUAUCAGCUCGAGAGCAGAACCUAAUCUCAAAGAAGGCUUGCAGCCUCUUGUUCUCUACGAGAUGAUGAUGGGACCAAUCACAGCUGUGCAAGUGUCCAACGUCGGCUUCGUAGCUGUGGGUUCAGAGCUUGGAUUCCUUACCUUGAUUGAUCUUCGGGGACCUGCCAUAAUCUUCCAGGCACCUAUGACAGACUUUGCUAAACAGGACAAGCGAUCUUCAUUCUUGAAGGGCCACCAUUCUUCAUCUGAGCCACCGAAGGAGUGGCCAGUUGUGAUUGAGUUCGGGGUUAUGACCUUGGAUGAGGACAAAUAUUCGAGCAUUUGUUGCUUUGUGGGAACAAACCUGGGCAAGGUCAUCACCUUCAAACUUCUGCCUGGAAAGGACGGCACAUACUCCGUUGAAUUGGCAGGUGUCGUAGCCUUCGACGGCAAGGUCAUCUCACUCAACCCUAUCGAAGCCGAUACAGGCAAGCCUGCCCUUGCCACCGGACCAAUCGUUGCGGGGCUCAGGGAGGGACGCCAGGUCAAUGGUGUACUAGUUGCAGUCACACAGACAGAGAUCCGAAUCUUCAAACCGGCCAACUCAAAGGGUGCUUCGAAGGAGUUCGAUAGCAUCCUAUGUGAUGCUGCUUGCGUCGCAGAGCUUGAGUUACAAGGGUUCGCCGUUGUAGGUGUAUUUGGCGACCGAACAGCCCGCGCUUUCUCGAUCCCUGGUCUCAGAGACCUCGGAAAAGCUGAACUUCCCAUGAUCGAUGUGACGAGAAGCACCAACUCGGUUGUUACACAAACAGGCGACAUCUUUGCGUGGUCGGGACCAAGCGAGCUGGCUGUUAUACAUGUCUGGGGAACAGGCAAGGGACCUCAACAGUCGCCAGACACGAUGAUCAACCCCAAGCUUGAGUGUCCACCCCGCCCAACUAUCUCAAAUAUGCAAUGGAUUUCCGGCAGUCAAUACAUCUCUCCCACCGACCUCGAUCUGCUUGUCGGUGGCGCGGAUAGGCCACCCAGUAAGCGAAUGAUGGACGCAGCAGCAGCAGAACAGCGUGCUGCUCGAACAGGGGAGCCCGUUGUAGCUGGAUCGAGUAGCCAGGAAGGGUGGGGAGAUUACCUUUCGCGGCAGCUGAACGAAAGGACGGAGAAGUUGAACAUCAUGGGUGACAAUAUGGAGAAUUUGCAGAACAAUAGCGCCGGGUGGGCAGACGAUGUGAACAAAUACCUCAACAAACAAAAGAGGAACGUUGUGCUUGGCGGGCUCAAGAGCAAGUUCUUCUAA